AUGAAGCCCGUACUACCGAACCUUUCUUUCUUACUCUUUUGCUUAUCCAUCAUCAUCACCCCCCAAACUCCAUGGCCUGUUACUCUCCUUUUAUUCUCUUUCUUUGCUUUCUCUCUAACCUAUUGGUUAGUCCCUGGAGGUUUUGCAUGGAGAAACCAGCACGAUAAUCAAAACCCUUCAAAAUUUCGUGGUCCAAUUGGUUGGCCUCUAUUGGGCACUUUACCUCAAAUGGGUUCACUUGCUCAUCGAAAUUUGGCUAGCAUGGCUACCUCAUUAGGUGCAACUAAGCUUAUGGCAUUUAGUCUAGGUACAACUCGUGUGAUCAUUAGUAGCCAUCCAGACACAGCCAGGGAAAUCCUAUGCGGUUCUUCUUUUGCUGACCGUCCUAUAAAGGAAUCAGCUCGUUUGUUAAUGUUUGAGCGUGCCAUUGGUUUUGCUCCAUCCGGAGACCAUUGGCGACGCUUACGUAAAAUUGCUUCAAAUUACAUGUUUUCCCCUAGGAAAAUUUCUGGUCUAGAACCACUCAGGCAACGUUUAGCUAAUGAAAUGUUGGCAGGAGUGAGUGAGGAGAUGAAGGAGAGACGGGUUGUUGUGUUAAGAGGGAUAUUACAAAAAAGUUCAUUAAGUAAUGUACUAGAGAGUGUUUUUGGUGGUGGUGUCUACAUAGAAAGUGAGGAGUUAGGGUUCAUGGUUAAAGAAGGAUUUGACUUGAUUACAAAGUUUAAUUUGGAGGACUAUUUUCCACUUAGGUUUUUGGACUUUUAUGGGGUGAAAAGAAGGUGUUAUAAGUUGGCUGCUAAGGUUAAUAGUGUUGUGGGUCAAAUUGUGAGAGAAAGAAAAAGAGCUGGAGGCUUCAGGAGUGGAAGCGACUUUCUUAGUGCUUUGCUAUCUUUGCCCGAGGAAGAGCAGUUGACUGACUCAGACAUGGUUCCUCUUUUGUGGGAGAUGAUAUUUCGAGGAACGGAAACAGUUGCUACACUUCUCGAGUGGAUCAUGGCUCGGAUGGUGUUGCACCCAGAAAUCCAAGCGAAGGCCCAGCAAGAGCUCGACAACUGCAUCGGUAACCAUAGGCAAGUACAAGAUUCUGAUAUCCCUAAUCUUUCCUAUAUCCAAGCAAUAGUCAAAGAAGUUUUAAGGCUGCACCCACCUGGCCCACUACUCUCGUGGGCCCGCCUUGCCGUCCAUGAUGUACACGUGGACAAAAUGUACAUCCCAGCUGGCACAACAGCAAUGGUCAACAUGUGGGCCAUAACACAUGACCCAUCCAUUUGGAAGGAUCCAUUGACCUUCAACCCAGACCGGUUCAUGGAAGAGGAUGUGUUGAUAAUGGGCUCAGAUUUAAGGCUUGCACCAUUUGGGUCAGGGCGCAGGGUGUGUCCAGGCAAGGCACUUGGAUUAGCCACGGUGCACCUGUGGCUCGCACGGCUUUUACAUGAGUACAAAUGGCUACCCGCAAAGCCUGUGGAUCUUUCCGAGUGUUUAAGGCUCUCUCUUGAAAUGAAAAGGCCUCUGGAAUGUCAUGCGGUUCAACGAUGGAGCAAAGUUAUAUAA